AUGAAAUACUCUCUAGCCCUUCUCUCGGCCAUCGCGCCGCUUGCCCUGGGAGCUCCUCGCGCCAACCAAUCCAGCUCCAACCCCUCAGUUGACGGGCUAAACUUUGUCAUUGAUGGCGAAACUGGUUACUUUGUUGGAACAAACGCCUACUGGCUCCCCUUCCUUACCAAUGACGCCGAUGUCGACCUCGCAAUGGGCAACUUGGCGGACUCCGGUGUCAAGAUCCUCCGUGUCUGGGGUUUCAACGAUGUGAACACCGUUCCUACCGACAAUGCCACCGUUUACUUCCAGCUUCAUGAGGGCGGCACUUCCACCAUCAACACUGGGAGCAACGGCCUUCAGCGUCUGGACUACGUUGUGUCUUCCGCAGAAAAAGAAGGGAUCAAGUUGAUCAUCCCUUUUGUGAACAACUGGGAUGAUUACGGCGGCAUGAAUGCCUACGUUAAGGCGUAUGGCGGCGACAAGACGAGCUGGUAUACCAGUGCUGAAAUGCAGAACGCUUAUCAGACGUAUAUAGAGGCAGUGAUCUCUAGGUAUGCCGAUUCGACUGCGAUUCUGGCGUGGGAACUCGGAAAUGAGCCGCGCUGUUCGUCAUGCAACACUUCUGUUAUUAACAAAUGGGCGACCGAGACGAGUGCGUUUGUUAAGUCUAUCGAUCCCAACCACCUCGUGACUAUUGGAGAUGAGGGCAUGGGCCUUAAGGGAGCCAGUGAUUACCCCUAUACCUUCUCCGAAGGUACUGAUUUCGCUCUCAAUCUGGCCAUCCCCGACGUCGACUUCGGCACCUUGCAUCUCUACACUCAAGACUGGGGCGUGUCUAACAAUUCCUGGGGGAAUCAAUGGGUCAAGGACCAUGCCGCGAUCUGCGAGUCCAUCGGCAAGCCAUGCGUGUUCGAAGAGUAUGGAAUCAAGGAUGAUCACUGCACUGACGAGUUGGACUGGCAGGACACGGCACUUGCGGCAACCGGGAUCGCAGCUGAUUUAUUCUGGCAGUUCGGCGAUACUCUUAGCUCAGGCGAGUCACCGGAUGAUCACUACACUGUGUACUACGGGACUGAGGAUUGGGACUGUGUUGUGACAGACCAUGUUGCUGAAGUCAAUCAAGGCCAGAAAGGCAGGAGGUAUUUCCGUCAUUGA